AUGGCGUUCUCGCAUUUGUUGGCUAACUACCGUUGGGCACCGUUUUGGAAACCGUUGCUGAGUACGUCAAUAUCGGCGAACUCCACAAAGGCAGAAAAGGCGCAUUAUACCGCGGGUCUGGCGACUGCUCUGGCGUACAUGGGAACGUUGACGGGAAAGCCCCAAAUGGUGUCGGAUGGCUACGAGAUGAACGGCGGCGUGAUCAGAGCACUUCACUGGGCGCUUCAAGAAAAGUCAAAAGAUGACAUGGCGCGUUGGACUCUCACUAUUAUGGUGUUGUGCAUGUACCAGUACACCAUUGAGGCCAAUGCAAACCUUCCACAUUACGUUGGGGUGAUUCAAGUCAUUGAAUUUUGCGGGCCAGAGCACUUCCAGCACGAGCCCAUGUUGACGAUAUUUAGACAGAUACGAGCGCAACACUCAUGCAGCUCUUUCUUCCACAAAGAAGCCUCUUUCUUCGAACAAGUAGCCUGGAAGACCAUACCCUGGAAACACAACCCAAAGACCCUGCACGACCGGCUCAUAGACAUGUACGUCGACCUGCCUGGCCUCGGCGCUAUGCUUGGCCCCUCAUCAAUCCCUUUGACAAAAGGUCAAAAGUUUGAUGUCGAGUUGAGAGCGUGGGAUCAUCUGUCACGCCUGCAAAAGUGGAGGAAAGACUGGGAAGUCGUCAAUCCCAAGGUAGCCACAGAAGUGUGGCUGCAUCUGCCACAAGACGCAGAUGGUAUCACGAUCCCUUGGGUUAAAGAAAUCUUGACGAGGGCUAUAGACGUUAAAUCAGCUAACCAGGCGACGGAUCUCCUGAUAUACAACUCAACUCUGGUUUAUGUCAUGCAGGUUCUACAUGUUCUGCGUACUGGCAAUCGUGAACCUCAGCCCUUCCCGCCAGAAAGGGGUUUCGAGAAGACAACGAGCGGGCCGCUGUAUAUACCAGAAGAGAUUAAGCACCAUUGGCAGCCGAUGGCCGAAGCGUUGAGGAUCAUGCGUCUGGCUCCGUCGAUGAUAUUUGCCAGCGACAGCGAUAUGAUGCUUGCUGUAUCGGUGAUUGGUAUUGUUUAUAAUUACAUACGGGGCACCCCGGGGCUUGACCGUCUGUUGCUUUCCACCGUUAACAACCCGGAGCAGCACGAGGCGGCUAGAGGGGAGUUGAUCUACUUCCAAUUGCCUGAGUGA